CAGAUUGACAGAUCUCAAGCUCAACAUGACAACAACCCCCCCUUCCCCUUCCCCCCAACCUACAACUUCCCCCCAUUCUUCACCCCGCAACCAAACACAACAACCCGGCGCGCCCAGCUCGAGAAAUGGUCAUCCUUAAUCCAAUCCUGGUGUCGACACCACCGCCAAUACCGUCUUUCCCUAAUCGAAGCAGUCGAAUCACCACUCUUUCACAACACAGCUCUGCGCAAGCGUCUUGACCUGCGCGAAGCCCGCGCCGUCAUCGAUUGGAUGACCAAGAGCGAGGAAGAAGGCGGUGGUGAGCGGCGGGCGGAGUGGAUUUCCGACUCUGCAGGCGGUUCAUCUCUAGGAUUAGGUAGUGCUGGGCCGAAGACUGUUGCGUGGAUUUGGUGGAGGAGGCCGGAGGAGUGGGCGGAUGUUGUGGCUGAGUGGGUUGAAGGGACUGGGCAGCGCGGGUCUGUUUUAACUGUUUAUGAGCUUAUUCAUGGAGAUGCGGCGAUGUCGCAGGAGUUCCAUGGCUUGGAUACUGAUGUUAUGCUGCGCUCGCUGAAUGUCUUGGUUAAGAGAGGCAAGGCUCAGAUCUUUGGUGCUGAGGGCGAGGAAGGUGUUAAGUUCUUUUGA